CCAACUGAAGCGGUGCGGGGGUGGAACCUUGUUUACAAUGGGCAGAUUCUUGGAAUAAAUAGGUUGCUCUAAGACGGGGUGCGCUCAGUGGCGAGAGGACACGCACCUGUUAGACCCUCAGAGAAUCAGCAACAAUGCAGAAAAUGAGGCUAGUUGAGUUCAUGGAUGGUGUCUUGUGGUUUGAAGAAGUACCAGAAGAUUACACAGAAGACUGUUUGGAGUUUUCCCACAAGGACACCGUGAUUUUGCGGGACAGGCAGCAAUUCGUGUUGAUCGUCCUGAAUGAAGGAAAAACUAAAGUAGGCUGCUUCAAAGACAUGAACAACAAACAAUUAAAAGAAGCAAAGAGGAUUGACAACUCAAAGAGCGGUGUUGUAUUCGACCUCAUUUCUUAUCAGCCAACUGACUGUGAGACUGAUUGUAUAUACAACGAUUGUCUGAGUCCAGUUAGUUUUGUUCUCCAAAGCAAUUCGAAGAAGUAUCAGAUGUCAUGCAGCAAGGCAAAGACUAUCGAGUUUCUGGAGAUGAAAACUUCAGAGGAAGAUACCGUGGAUGCGAAGCAAAGCAACAUCAUAUUCUACAAGAGAAGAGUCAGCGACCAGUACUCAAUGUUUGAAUCUAUGUUGGUACAGAAUUACUACCUCUGCACAGAAUUUGAAAAUGGACUCUAUAAAUUAGGGUUGAAGGAGGUCAAGACCAAAAUCGAUGAAACGGCACAGAUAGAAGUGUCAGGGUGUGAGGCAAAAUAGUUUGGGGUAUUUGGACAAACCUUCCAAAAGGCAAUUGACAAAUGUAUUUCUAAACCUAGAAGAGACCAGAUCCUCUCACAUACAUCCCAGUCCAGAGGAAUAGUCUCGACCAAAAACAUCGACUCAUUUCCCACAAAAGAUGCUGCCAGCCCUGCUGAGUUCCAACAGCAGUUGGAUUUUUGGCUCAGGAUUCCAGCAUCUGCUGUCUUUUGUGUCUCAUUGAGAGAACGUGGAUAGUUUUCCCUGCUUUUUAUAACUUAAGCUUUAAGUGUACCUUGCAUUCCCUCAUGCUAUGAUGAGAGAGAAACAAAUUUGAAGAAAGCAUUUGCUUUUAGUUUUUUUGGGUUGUGGGAGUAGAUAAUGUGCAUUGAGGAGCCCCUGCAGGUGACAGACCGUGUUCCCAUGCAGCAGCUGUCCUCCUUGGUGCUCAAGGUCCCAACGUUUGGUCGCAGCCUACAUGAAGAACUGCAGACUAUUUAUUUAACUUCAAUGUUAUAUCUUUGCAAUAAAUGGUGUACCCAUUAUCCUUUA